AUGGAUAGUGAAGUAGGCGAGGAAGUGGAAGAGAAGCUAGAUGUCGUCGUGGAAUGGGAGCUUGACAGAGAGGUCGUAGAGGAGCUUAGUGGUGAGGCAGACGGGCAGACGAAUAGAGAUCUUGAAGGACUCGAACUAACCAAGCUGGAGGUCACCGAUGAUGGUAAUAGAGGUAGGAUGCCUGUCAACGUCGUUGAUGGCAGGGUGAUUAUCGUUGUGGGGCUGAAUGGUAGCAAUGAGGCUAGGCUUACUGGUAUGCUGGUGGUGCUGGUGCUCGGACUAGGUUCUGGGGUGAAGGUGGUCGAAGCAGUCCUGGAGAUGUUUGAAAGAGUGCUGGAGGUUGUUGAGGAGAUGGGUGAACUUGUUGAACUACUGGGUGAGAUUGUAGAAAUCGGGCCACUCGUGCUGCUGCUAGAUGACUGA